AUGCGACUAGUAAUUACUAAAGAUUACGAUGAAAUGUCCGAGUGGAGCGCUCGAUAUAUAAAAAAACGAAUAAAUGAUUUUCAACCAGGUGUUAAUAAAUUCUUUGUACUUGGUCUACCAACAGGUAGUACACCACUUGGCACAUAUAAGAGAUUAAUUGAGUUUGUUAAGACUAAACAGUUAUCAUUUAAAUAUGUUGUAACUUUUAAUAUGGAUGAAUAUGUUGGAUUACCACGGAAUCAUCCGGAAAGUUAUCAUUCAUUUAUGUGGAAUAAUUUUAUUAAACAUAUUGAUAUUGAUCCCAACAAUGUUCAUAUUCUCGAUGGCAAUGCCGCUGAUCUUAUUCAUGAAUGUAAUGAAUAUGAACGAGCUAUAAAAGAUGCUGGUGGAGUCGAAUUAUUUGUGGGUGGCAUUGGACCUGAUGGUCAUAUAGCUUUUAAUGAGCCAGGAUCUAGUUUAGUAUCUCGUACGCGAGUAAAAACUCUAGCACAAGAUACAAUUAUUGCUAAUGCACGUUUCUUCGAUAAUGACAUAAAAAAAGUACCAACAUCAGCUUUAACUGUCGGUGUUGGAACAGUGAUGGAUGCACGAGAAGUAUUAAUAUUAAUAUCUGGCACAUCCAAAGCCUAUGCACUUCAUAUGGCAAUUGAAGAAGGCGUGAAUCAUAUGUGGACCGUAUCAGCAUUUCAAAAUCAUCCAAGAUUUCUAUGUGUUUGUGAUGAAGAUGCUACGAUGGAAUUGAAAGUAAAAACAGUUCGAUAUUUUAAAAGUUUAAUGUCUGUACAUUCACAAUUAAUUGACGACAAUUGUCAUGCAUCAUUAUUUCAUACCGAAAAUUAA